AUGUCGGCAACGAAGACAUCAAAGCACAACGACAGCGCGCAACACCAACAGCAGCAGCAGCGGCGGCGGGGGGACGCGGACGACGAGCAUGCACAGGAGGACUGGCGAUCCGCCGCGGCCGAUCUGGCAGCUUCCCUCGGUAUUGAUCCUCUGACGUCCACCGAGGCGCAGCAUCGCCGAGUUUUCCACUUGUACCUCCCGGUGUACUUCUGGCUCGAGCUCCUCUUACGGCAAAGCCGCGGAUCUGCGGCAUCUCCAUCAUCAUCGUCGUCAUCAAAAUCGUCGUCAUCAUCAUCUACUCGGGGUGUUGCUGCUGGUGUACCAACGGCCAAUACGCACCCGCGAUCCUCGGGGGGCGACGUUUCGAAACGUGCUAGGGCCAGAAGCAACAGUGGUAGCAACAAGGAACCCCCGGUGGUCGUCGGCAUCAACGCGCCUCAAGGGUGCGGGAAGACCACGAUCGUCUCCGAGAUGCAGCGCAUGCUUGAGAACGCCGGCCACCAUUGCGUCGUUAUGUCGAUCGACGACUUCUACCUCACGGGAACCGAGCAGGACGCUCUUGCGGCGAGGUUCCCGACCAAUCCCUUGCUUCAGGUCCGCGGCAACGCGGGGACGCACGACCUGGCCCUGGCUCUCCGCACGAUCCGCGCAUUAACAAGGAGGGAUGACGGCACAAGCGACGGUGACAGCAGAGAUCUCCGCCCAUCGCCCCCCUCCUCAGCCGAAGACCCGGCAGCCCAAGACUGCGUUCGUGUUCCCCGAUACGACAAGUCAGCGAGAGGGGGAAAGGGCGAUCGCGCGCCCGAGGGGGAGUGGAGCGUGGUUUCGACGCCACCGGACGUUUUGCUGUUGGAGGGGUGGAUGCUCGGCUUCGAAGCCUUGCCGGACGACAGCCCCCUGCUGCUUUCGGCAGCGGAAGCAGAUGGCGGCACAAGUGAUGGCCUCGGAGCUGUCAACACGUUCCUUGAGGACUACCAAAGCUUGCACGACGAGGUCGACGCUUGGCUAGUGCUCAAGACGGCCGAGCCUGAAAUGGUGUUUGAAUGGCGGGCCGAGGCCGAGCGUCGCAUGCGAGAGGCUGGGCGCCCGGGCAUGUCCGAUGAGGAAGUGCGAGAUUUCUGUUCCAGAUACAUGCCCGCCUAUCGUGCCUACUUGCCAGGCUUGUACGGCCGCUGUCGGGCUGCGGAUGCCGGAGUAGAUGAAUCGACAGAUGGCGACAGACUAGGGCAACCCACUCAGGGAGACGGUGGUAGGGACGAUGUUGUUCAGGAGAGUUUGGGUAGUAGGAAGUUGACAAGCGGUGUUGUGCGAGCAAGGCAGACGCUUGUUAUUGAGGUAGGGAGAGACAGGAAUCCUGUUUUGUGACCGUGUGUGAUUGGUUGUGAGCGUUGCGUAACGGCGUGUCAUCUUCGUAAGCGUACCCGUGCAGUCGGCGCCAUCAGGCAGAAAUGUUUUUCUCUGUUCGAAGCCGAAUUAGUUCUCAAGCAGGCGGGCAGACUGUCGUAUCUGGAUGAUC